GAUUGUUUUUCGGCCAUUUUACAGAAGCCUGAGUCUCUUCCUGGAGGUAUUACCCCUGCACAAAAUAGCCAUAUAGGACAAUAUAGCCAAAAUAGGACAAAUAUAGUCAAAUAGCCAAAAUAGGACAAAUGUGUCACAUGACAGGGAAGCUCUAGUGGUCACCUGAUAUGUACUACACUACCCAGCAUGCUUUGUGUCCUCAUCUCAUUCCCUGAUAUCACACGGCUGCAAGAAUUUUUUCUAACAGAAGAGUAGAAAAUCCAUAGAUAGUAAAACACCAGUUACUGAUCAUCUGAAGAUGGACAAAGAUAAAAAUGUGAUGACAGAAAAGAUAUUAAAUUUCACCCUAGAGAUAAUUUACCUACUGACUGGAGAGGGUUACACAGUAGUGAAGAAGACAUCCGGUGAGUGUGAGACACCUAGAAGCCAUCCCCGUGUGUCAGAAGGACUGAGGAGCUGGACUCAGAGCCCCAUCACAGUGGCUCCACCUCACUCACUGAUACAUCAGAGACACAAUGACCAGAAAAUCCUGGAACUCGCCAACAAGAUCAUCCAGCUGCUGACUGGAGAGAUGGGGGAGUAUAUAGAGGAACACAGGGGUCUGUACAAGGACGUGAUGAUGGAGAAUCACCGGCCCCUCACAUCACUGGAUGGACCCAGUGACAGAGAUACCCCAGGGAGAUGUCCCCGUCCUCUGUAUUCCCAGGAUUGUACAGAGGAGAAUCACAGGAUCCCACAGGAGGAUCAGGGUGAAUACCUGACUGAUAUAAAGGCAGAAGAUAUAGAGAGAGAAGAAGAGACGUAUGUGACUGAUAUAAAGGCAGAAGAUAUAGAGGGAGAAGAAGAGACGUAUGUGACUGAUAUAAAGGCAGAAGAUAUAGAGGGAGAAGAAGAGACGUAUGUGACUGAUAUAAAGGCAGAAGAUAUAGAGGGAGAAGAAGAGACGUAUGUGACUGAUAUAAAGGCAGAAGAUAUAGAGGGAGAAGAAGAGACGUAUGUGACUGAUAUAAAGGCAGAAGAUAUAGAGGGAGAAGAAGAGACGUAUGUGACUGAUAUAAAGGCAGAAGAUAUAGAGGAAGAAGAAGAGACGUAUGUGACUGAUAUGAAGGCAGAAGAUAUAGAGGGAGAAGAAGAGACGUAUGUGUCUGAUAUAAAGGAAGAAGAUACAGAGGGAGAAGAAGAGACGUAUGUGACUGAUAUAAAGGCAGAAGAUAUAGAGGGAGAAGAAGAGACGUAUGUGACUGAUAUAAAGGCAGAAGAUGCAGAGGGAGAAGAAGAGACGUGUGUGAGGGGUGAUCAGCAGUGUAAGGAGGAGGAGAUCCCUACAGAUAUUGGCACAGAUGGACAUUGCAAAAGGACUACCUCACUUGGCUUACCUCCAGAUGGGGAAAUGGAAGAUGACAUCACACAAGCUUCUCUAAGAGAAAACUCUAUUACUCCAAUGAUAAAUUCCGUGCUGCUUGGUUCACAUAUGUCAUCUAACCCCGCUUAUCAUGAGGAAUGUUCCCCUGAUAGUGUAACAUCUAUUAUAGCUCCUAAAGCAAAUAACACAUUUUCCUGUUCUAUAGAUAAAACAUAUUUUACGCAGAUAACAAAUGCUAUUACUCAUCAGCGUACUAAGGCAGAUGAGAACCCAUUUCCAUGUUCUAAGUGUGGGAAAUGUUUUACAGAGGAAUCAGCUCUUGUUAUACAUCAGAGAACUCACACAGGUGAGAAGCCAUUUCCAUGUUCUGAGUGUUUGAAAUGUUUUAGAAACAUAUCAUCUCUUGUUAGACACCAGAGAACUCACACAGGUGAGAGGCCAUUUCCAUGUUCUGAGUGUGGGAAAUGUUUUACAGUGAAAUCAAGUCUUGUUACACAUCAGAGAACGCACAUGAAUGAAAAACCAAUUCCAUGUUCUGAGUGUGGGAAAUGUUUUAGAAACAUAUCAUCUCUUGUUAGACAUCAGAGAAGUCACACAGGAGAGAGGACAUUUCCAUGUUCUGAGUGUGGGAAAUGUUUUAUAAACAUAUCAUCUCUUGUUACACAUCAGAGAAGUCACACAGGUGAGAAGCCAUUUCCAUGUUCUGAGUGUGGGAAAUGUUUUACACGUAUAUCAUCUCUUGUUAGACAUCAGAGAAGUCACGCAGGUGAGAAGCCAUUUCCAUGUUCUGAGUGUGGGAAAUGUUUUACAGUGAAAUCAGAUCUUGUCACACAUCAGAGAAGUCACACAUCUGUGAAGCCAUUUUCAUGUUCUGAGUGUGGGAAAUGUUUUACAGUGAAAUCAAAUCUUGUAAGACAUAAGAGAACUCACACAGGUGAGAAGCCAUUUCCAUGUUCAGAGUGUGGGAAAUGUUUUACAAUGAAAUCAAGUCUUGUUACACAUCAGAGAACGCACAUGGAUGAAAAACCAUUUCCAUGUGCUGAGUGUGGGAAAUGUUUUACACGGAAAUCAGAUCUUGUCACACAUCAGAGAAGUCACACAGCUGUGAAGCCAUUUCCAUGUUCUGAGUGUGGGAAAUGUUUUACAGUAAAAUCAAAUCUUGUAAGACAUAAGAGAUCUCACACAGGUGAGAAGCCAUUUCCAUGUUCUGAGUGUGGGAAAUGUUUUACACUGAAAUCACAUCUUGUAAGACAUAAGAGAACUCACACUGGUGAAAAACCAUUUCCAUGUUCUGAGUGUGGGAAAUGUUUUACACUGAAAUCACAUCUUGUAAGACAUAAGAGAACUUACACACGUGAAAAGUCAUUAACAUGUUCUUAGAGUAGAAAAUGUUUUAUACUGAAAUAACAUGAGAGACAGAGAAGUAACAGGUGUGAAGCCAUUUCUGUGUUCUGAGUGGGGAAUGUUUUCCUCAGAUAUCAGAUUAGAGACGUCACAGGGGUGAUAAACCCUUUAUAUAUUCUGAGUGUGGGAAAUGUGUAAUACUGGAAUCAUCUUGUUAUACAUGAGAUGUCACAUAGGUGAGAGGCUUCUUCUGUGUUCUGGGUGUGGGAAAUUUCUUAAUAAACAUAAAUCUCACAGGAA